AAAUGGCCCACCACUAUGGACACAGAAAAUGAUGGAAUAAACAUGGAGAAGAAGUUUCGUGAAGCAAUUUAAAAACAAUAAGCAGCUUCUCGACCUUCCUCUCUCUUCUUCUUUCGUGACUUUAAAGCACGCUUUUUGUCUUUGUUUCUAAAUGGUAACCUUCCAAACUCGCAAUCUUUUAUCUGAAAAUGAUGUCUAACGGUGAAUCUCAGAGAACUGCCCUGACGCCGUUUCUUACCAAAACCUUUAACCUCGUGGAAGAGCCAUCCAUCAACGACGUUAUAUCAUGGAACGAAGAUGGUUCCUCCUUCGUCGUCUGGAACCCGACAGACUUCGCCAAAGACUUGCUUCCUAAACACUUCAAACACAGCAACUUCUCCAGCUUCGUCCGCCAGCUCAACACUUAUGGGUUCAAGAAAGUCGUACCGGAUCGGUGGGAGUUCUCAAACGACUCCUUCAGGAGAGGAGAGAAGCGUCUCCUCCGCGACAUCCAGCGUCGGAAACUGAACCCUCAUCAUCAAGCAGCUGUUUCUCCUCCGCAUCAGCAGCCUGAGAAAGCCGUCGUGUCUCCGUCGAGUAGCUCAGGAGAAGAUCAAACCAUGUCUCCGUGCGGUGGUUUGUCCGUUGAGCUGUUGGAGGAGAACGAGAGGCUUCGGAGUCAGAACAUACAGCUUAACCGUGACCUCACUCAGAUGAAGUCUCUCUACGGUAACAUCUUUACGCUCAUGUCGACCUACGCCGGAUCUAGUAGCAGUCAACACGUGGAGGUUGAGGAAGAAGCGAGCCCGAGGCUGUUUGGUGUUUCGAUAGGACUGAAACGGACGAGAAGUGAAGGAGCUUCUCAGGUGAAGACGGCGGCGAUAGGAGGAGGGGAGACGCCGUGGCUGAGACACUAUAAUCUUCUAGCCAAUCAGAGAGUCUGUAAUUAAACGGCUCAGAUUAAAUGUGUUAAGCUUUCAGACAGUCAGCACGUGUCCUAUAUGUCUUUCGAGAAGUUUCUAUCAAUUAAUCUUUUUGACUUUCUUCUCUUAACAGUUUGUUUUUGAUUAAUCGCUCCUUUUCUGUGAUUUAUUUUCAAUAGAUUUUUCUGUACUUUCCC